UCCAAAACCCAAGAAUUCAACAGUGAUGUCGACCCCUCUCAAGCCAGACGCUUAUGUUCUUGCAAGCCUAAUGGAAUCUCACUUCAAAGAACUCGAUCUGACCCCGGAACUGUUUCUCCCGAACAAAGAAGAAAUGCUUCUCAUACUGGACAAGUGCUUCUCACACUCUUGCCUGGAGAAGGCUAUUGCAGAAAAAAUUGCUGUCGAUGAAAGCGAUUCAGCCGAUCAGAUUAACCCCAGUCCAGUUGACUCUGCUCUUCUCAAGGACUGCGUGGCGCAGGUUCGGGUGGCCAGCAACAAACGCUUCAUCAAAAUUGUGCAUUGCUACCUGCUCAAAGCAGGAAAGGAGAAAGAAGCUCAAGAGUACCUCGAAAAGGUGAGCCCUGCAUCCCGGGUCGAUCACUUGGAGUCCGUCAAGAUGUGGAAUUACCUUACUCUGCCAUUCCAGGUGCUCAAGGUAAUGGAGGAUAUGGGAUUAGGCACAAGCCCUUUGAGUUUCUCCAUGCCUCCAGCACCACCUGAGGUUUUUCCCACUCCGGCACCGGGCUGGAGGCCCGGCCAGGAUACUGCCCACGGAUGAGGCUGGCAUUGUGCCUGAGACCAAGGACAGACCUUCAACAGCCGUGGAGCCUAACUCUGUUGGACUAGUUCUUCACGUUGGUGAGGUUACAGACCGGUCUAUGAUGGAUGCUGCAGCUGAAGACAAGAAGAAGAAGAAGGGGGUGAUGGAAGUGGAGUCUCCUCUGGCACAGACUGAGCAUUACACAUUUAUCCUGUUUUCUUUCUUUUUUCUUUGAAGACUACAAUUGUCCUGGUUUUAAUCUGGUUUGUUAAUUUCAGAUUUCUUACCGUAUUUGUGGCAUUAGAAUGAUUCGAUAUACACUUGCGGUAUAUGUUAGGAGCUCAGUUUUGAGCCAUGACUUCAUGCAUUCCUUUUGCAUCUGUACUUGCUGCAAGGGAUAUGCAUCCUUGUUUAUGUUUGGACAUCUUUUUAGGAUUGGCUGAUCCUGAUAAGAAUGCUGCCUUGAUAUAAACUGAUGACCCGCCACUUGCACAAUUGCACUCCGUUUAGUACCUGAGAAUGCAGUAUAAAUUUCAGU